UCGUUCAGAGCUCUGAUCACCUUGGACCUGCUUACCGACACACAUUGAAACGGAGAAGAGACUGUUUAGCGGUUAGGAAACAGUGUUGUAGGUGCUUCAGGUUAUUGUUGUAACGGGGCGGCGGCGCUUUGUUUUGGGAUUUUUCUGCUGCACGUCGUCUGUUUUAGCCUGGAGCUGGGAGCUCAAUAAAGUGUGUGCGACACUGGCCAGAUUUCAUCUUUUGUCAUUUUAGUCUAACGUGUCCUGUUGACUGUUCAAAAAUGCCCCUUGACUCCUCGAUGAUGGAAAAUGUUGUCACAACAUUGACUUCUAUCUGAGGCAUUUUGAGUUGAGCUGCAGUUAUUAUUUGCCAUCCAGCUGUUUAUAAGAAAUAUCAGAGAGAUAAAUCACCCCGAACAUACUGGCAGGAAUCAUGGGGAGUGUGUUCCUGCCAGCAAAUUCAGCCCAUUCGGUGCUGAGGCGGCUGAGGAGGGCCAACUUCCUGUUGGAGGAGAUGAAGCUUGGGAACAUUCAGAGGGAAUGCCGUGAGGAGGUGUGCACCUACGAGGAGGCCCGGGAAGCUUUCGAGAACGACGAGAAGACGAAGCGAUUCUGGGAGGAAUAUGUCCGGGAAAGCAGUCCACCCGGUGGUUUGGACUCCAUGGUCGGCGGGGCCCAAUCUCUCUACCUGAUCGUGCCGCUGCUGCUGGUCGGGCUUAUCGUCAUCGCCGUCGCCAUCACUGCCUGGCGCUGCCACUCCCGCAAGCGCUCGCAGCGCAGCCCGGGCCUGGGGCACUCGCAUCAUAACCACGUCCUGUCGGUGGUCUCCAUGGACCAGUGGGGGAGGGACUACCAUCAUGGUGACCAGUCAGAACUCAGCAUCCACAGCAGCCCGGCCUAUCCAGGCUCCGAGAUCACGCUGGGGAGAGGAAGCGCAGGAGAUCCGCCGCCGUCAUAUGAAGAGGCCGUGGGCCACACAGAUGUCCAGAUAGAGACAGAGCCGCCUCCUCAGUAUGAAGACAUAGUGAACUCCAGCUCCGGUAGAAUCAGCGGUGGUCAAAGGAAGUGAACACGUCUCAAACUAAAGCCCUGACCUACGUGAAGACCAUGUUAUUGUUUAGCAGUGUUUCUACUGUGGUAUCACCAGCCUUCAACAUUCAACACGCAGCAAGCACACACAUUUCAGUGGACUGAUGCAAACUUUACCGGUGCCAGUUCCGUUGAAAUUUGCACUAACCUUUUCAUCAUCGAGGUGAAGUAAUGCAUAAGGGAUUAAGUGAUACUGUAAUGCCAAAACCAAACAACACCUCAUGUGAAGGAUGAAAGGGUUUUAUUGCUAUAAUUCAGACCAGCGAAUAAUGAGGGUUGGAUUGAUGCUUCUCAGAGGAUCAGUGCCAAACUAUUGAGACUUAAGCAGGCAAAAAUACAUUAUUUCAACUUUUCUUUUCCUUCGUAUCUAGAUAUCUGUUUUUUGUCCAAACACAUACAGAGCCAGACAUGUGAGAGGACUUGAGAGAGGACUUGAGAGAGGACUUGAGAGAGGACUUGAGAGAGGACUUGAGAGAGGACUUGGACCUUGUGUUGGGUUACGCGAUCUUGGUUAAUGCAAUAAGCCCUGGUAAAGAUGUGUAAAAAGCUUUAAAUGCACAUUUCAUUCCAGCACAAUAACCUAGCAAUACAAGAUUGAGAAAAAUUUAACAUUUAAUUUGAGUAUAUUUAUUCAGUGUGAAAAAAAGUUAAGAGAUAAUUAUUAUCAUAACCUCUGAUUGCACAGCUAGUGGUACCUCUGGUGCCAGUAUAAAUCACAAACAUCAAAUAAAACACAUAUAUAGAAAACACAAGGAAAUUACCUAAAUAAAAUUUUGAAAAUGUGCUAAUUUUUAAAAGAGAUACCAGAGUCCAAAAAUGCUUAAGGAUAGAGCCCCUCAGGGACCUGGCAGGGAAAUAGGGAGAUAAGCCAGUGCUUGUCCAUGUAAUAUUCUUACAGUAAAAAGGAGGAACUUUAAAGUCGAUGGCAAGCCACUUUAACUGGUAAAACUGUUGAGUGAGAUGUGUAUGUAAAAAUCUUAGCAGUUGGUUGAUGGGGUAAUAAUCUUCUACCACAUACACGCUUGGAGCACACAGAGGGAGAAAUGUGAAACGGACCCACAGAUUCCCAGACUGUCCACCGUUAGGAAUGGUGUGUAAAAGAAUGUGCAGAAUGUGUGUCGAAGCUCUGACGUGCUUUACUUCAAACCUACCCUUAUUGUUUUUGGGUUUUUGUUUUUUUUUUGCCAAAAAAAAACCUUAAUCUCAGUCUUAUCUGAUCUAAGCUCCUGGUAAAAUCCCAAAAGCAACUAGCAAUAUACACACUGUUACAUAAGACAGGGAAAUUCUUGUGUCAGUGAAGGUAAGAAGUCCAGUUUUACUUUAGGUUCUGUAGUGUCCUUGAUGACUUGGUACCAACAGGAGUGUUUAUGACAGGAAAGGCAUUGUUUUUGGCAUCGCUCUCAACCAGUUUACAUGUAAAUAGACUCUAGUAAUUGUUAUGGAGACUGACAACCCUAACGUGUCCCUCUUUGCUCCACUUCUCUAACUGUAAAUUUUACCAAGACAAUAAAUAUGGGUCUCCCAUAAGCUUAGUUGCCAGUUACAAAAGGUAAUGGGUCUCUGCGUCAAAUUAUGUUUUUAUCCCAGAGAAAUAGGUAUGGAUUACCAAUUAGGAACCCCCUCAUUUAACGUAAAAUGCUUCACUUACAGUUUUCUAUUGAUUUUAAUACGAGUAAAUGUUUCCCCCCUCUGCUAAAUGGUUUGAUUUAAUUGUUAGAUUCUUCUUAAUAUUUCAGUGUUACAUUGUGCUACUGCAUUGACUAGCAAUAAUUAUUGUAUGACUUUUUACACAACUUUGCCAGGGAUGCAUAGAAAUGUGUCUGUGACUGUGCUUUAAGGUUUUUCUCUCUCAUUCAGUUUCCAGGCUGUUGAACUGUGCAGUUAUUUGUCUAAGGGAAGGAAAGCAACGACGUAAAAGUCAGAAGUUUUUCCCAACUUUUAUCUUCUGAAACUCUUCUGGUGGCUUUUCUGCUUGUGCUGACUGUAAAUGAGAAGCAGCCCGUCACAUUUUGUAAUAGAUAAUUAUAGACCCUAAUACAAAGAAGAAGUUAACACUUCAAAAUACUUUACACCGUACCAACAGCACUCCGAUUUCUUGCUCUAAUGUAGGUUGAAAUGGUUUAUUUUUUCCAGCAAAUGCACUAAUCCAACCUUAAAAAUAUGUUGAAGACUGGAACAUAAAAAGGAGGAAGUAAAGUGGGAAUCACAUUACUUAUAAUCUUGGUAAUGCAUGAACCUGGCCUUUUCAGGUCAUAAACAUCUCUGCGCUGUUUGUUGACAGUCAGGCCUCACUAACCCUCAUUAACCUGUGGGUUUCUGCUCAAGAGGAAGAAAUAUGGGCAAAAGAAAUGAGAUUCUGGAGCUGUCAGGAAAUUAAAUGUAAGAAAAGAGUUUGUACCAAGUGUCACUAUAACUAAACUCCACGUUUAGCAUGUGUAAUCACCUCUACAUACUGUAUAUGUGUAUAGAAUAUGUCUGAAAGUUAAAUAAGAUUGAUUUUGUUUAUGCAUAGGAGUUCAUUAAGUGCGUUGAUACUAAUGUGAUUGUACUACAGUAAGCAGUGAGGCUAACAGGAAGUGUCUAUGCUUAACAAGAAGUGUUUAAUGAAAGGUAGGAAAGUUCUAAUUCAACAAGCCGAUGUUACUCUAGGUGCUUCUGAUCUAUAUGCAAUAUUUCCUAAACGAUAAGCACUCUAAAAACCAAAUGUACCCGUCUAACCUUCAUUGGCAAAAAUAAAUGUCGCUGACCUUUCCACACGGCGCACACCUUAAGCACUAAAUAUCGUUGUACUUGUAUGUGAGUUGACCUGUAAACCUUGGCAUUUGCUCUGACACUGGACUGCGCUGGUAGUCACUUUGGUUACAUAAGUUAGUGUACCGAUACUUCCACAGAGCUGUUUUUUACAACGCCUUAUUAAACAAAAUGUUAUAUAAAAUUAAACACAAGGGAAGUUGUUAUAAAUUCUUGUCUUGUGAAAAGCUUGAUAUUAAUUUUUAAUAAAAAAAAUGAUUAAAAGA